AUGAAGGCCCGAUCUUCCCUAGUCUGUGCCGGUGUGGCGUUGAUUCUACUGAUCACCGUCUUUCUCUACAACCCUCGACAUCCCUUCACUGUGCCAUUCUAUAUUCUCUCGGACGCCAGUGGUCUGUCCAGUCCCGUUACCCAUGUCGCCAUCUUCAAGAUAAAGCCGUCCACGAGAGCCGCAGACAUCCACAAGCUCGCAAAUGGCAUGAUGGAAUUGAAAGAGAAAUGCAUCCACCCGAUAUGGGAAAAGCCAUAUAUCCGCAGCAUCCACGGUGGCGCCAACCACGCUGUGGAAACAAAGUUCGGUAUCACACACUCGUUCAUCAUCGAGUUUGAUGCCGUAGAGCAUCGCGACUAUUAUCUUUUAACAGAUCCAGCAUACCAGAAGUUCCGAGAAAAUGUGAGGGAUUACCUCGACGAUGACAUCAUAUCAAUCGAUUUCCAGCAUGGCAAAUAUACAUAA